UGCGCUGGGGGCCAGGCGCCCGGAGGGGGCGCGCCCAGACCGGAGGCUCCGGCCACUGCGGGAGGCGGGAUCUCCCCGGCAAGAGUGGGCCAGGGGUCUCGGAUCUGCCCGGGAAGCGCGAGAGAGAAGACUAGAUGGCUUACGCGGUUGGGAGUUCCUUGCUGAACGAGCAGACAAAUGUUGAAAAACGCCGCAUUCAAAGAUUGAAAAACAACAACACUGAAAAUACUGCUUUUGUGGUGCUGGAUCUGAGGAUUGCUUUGUGCGGAGAAGCGGAUGCUACCUUCAUAGGAAUGAAUAAUAGAAUCAUAGGGUUGGAAGGGGGCAUAUGAGCCAUCUAUAAGGAUGAAGCUUCAUUGACCAGAUCCUUAGAGCAUCCAAGUUGGCUCCCAAGUCGCACUGCAAGAGGCAAAGGGGUCUUGGGACAUCACCGUUUUGGUCCUAUGAGCCACGUGUCAAGGCCCUCAGUUGACCAUGAGGGAUGUGUUUCUCUCCCACUCCACAACAAGACUUGUUCAUCUUCUCUGGGUCAGCCUGAUUUCCAUGGAGAGCUGCAGUGCCAAAGUUUUGGAGAAGACGUUUGAAGAAUGGAUGAGGUACAAGGCUGAAUGCUUGAAGAAGAUGGCAAAUGACCCUUAUCCUUCCGGGCUGUUCUGCAACCGGACUUUUGACAUGUACGCCUGCUGGCCGGAUGGGAGUCCAGGCACCGUUGUCAAUGUCACUUGCCCCUUCUACUUGCCUUGGUUUGAAAAAGUUAAACACGGGCAGGUGAGCCGCAAGUGCGGGGCCGACGGGCAUUGGGUGCAGCUGAAUGGGACGGAAACCUGGAGGGAUCACUCUCAGUGCCAGGAGGAGACAGAAGCUGCCAAUGAAGAGGUAGGGGCCCACCGAUUGAUGGUGAGCUUCAAGGUCCUCUACACAGUGGGCUACUCCCUGUCGCUGCUGGCGUUGGUCCUGGCUCUCCUCAUUCUGACUGUUUUCAGGAAGCUACGUUGCACUCGGAACUACAUCCACGCGAAUCUCUUUGCCUCCUUUGGGCUCCGGGCGGUUUCAGUGAUCGUGAAGGAUUCGUUACUGGAGCAGAUGUGGGGAAAGAAGGUCUUUCAGGAGUCUGAUUGGGCGGCCCUGCUGAGCAAUGAGGCUGCAAUUGGUUGCCGAGUGGCUCAGGUGGUGAUGCAGUAUUGCAUUCUGGCCAAUCACUAUUGGUUUCUGGUGGAGGCGGUGUACCUGUAUAAGCUUCUGAUUGGAGCUGUCUUUUCAGAGAAGAAUUACUACACCCUCUACCUGUAUCUCGGCUGGGGGACCCCCGUGGCUUUUGUGGUCCCGUGGAUGGCUGCCAAGUACCUAAAGGAGAACGCGGAGUGCUGGGCUCUGAAUGAGAACAUGGCUUAUUGGUGGAUUAUUCGGAUCCCUAUUCUGCUGGCAUCCGUGAUCAACCUGCUGAUCUUCACGCAGAUCCUCAAGGUGAUCUUGGCCAAGCUGCGAGCCAGUCAGAAGGGCUACCCAGACUAUAAAUUGCGGCUCGCCAAAGCUACUCUGACCCUCAUUCCCCUCUUUGGAAUUCACGAGGUGGUCUUCAUUUUUGCCACUGAUGAACAAACCACAGGCGUCCUGCGCUACAUCAAAGUGUUCUUCACGUUAUUCCUCAAUUCCUUCCAGGGGUUCCUGGUUGCUGUACUCUACUGCUUUGCAAACAAGGAGGUGAAAUCUGAAAUGAAAAAGAAGUGGCACCUCUGGAAACUGGACCACACAGCGCUCUGCUGCACCCAAUGAAGAACUAUCCAGACCGGCAUGGGAACAUGCAGAAGCAGCCAGGAGAGUUUGCGGGUGUCCUCGAAACAGGCAUUGAGACUGUGCCCCUUUGGGCCAUUCCUGUUUCUGCAAGCAACCAAGUAUUGCUUUGGGACGGCUGUCUGUCAUCUCUGGCUCUAACCCCAACUCUGAUCGAAGGGUUUAGGGCCACACCCCUGAGAAAGAAGGGGGACGGCUAUGACUCUGACAAACAGGGCUGGUGCGCCCCAUGACGUCAAAUGGGGUGGAUGGCCAUGAGACUGCUUUAUGUGCAGGAAGGAAAAAGCUGGGAUGAGUUGAUAAAGAUAGAAGGAAGUUUCACUGAAUGGAGAGAGGGAUCUAUAUUAUAUGCAAGGGGGUUCAAGCCUCGGCUGUGCAAAGAAGAAGAAGAAGAAGAAGAAGAAGAAGAAGAAGAAGAAGAAGAAGAAGAAGAAGA